CGUACUAUUCCAUCUUGUGUGUAUUGUCCGAACUUACAAGCACUGACACGCGCGCAACGAUCACAAGUGCAUGCAAAUGUUUUUUGUCAGUGAACUCAAAUAGAAAUAGUUAUGAUUUUAACACAGUUUUUAUCAUAAAAAAUACGGUCUUUUUAUUCGGUGACUAGAAUGUUUUUAGCGAAAUGUUACGGACGGUACCGGUGAGAUGGUCGAUCGUAUGAAAGUUGGACUGAUGUACUGAUAGUUGUUUGAUGGAUGUGGAAAACGCGGAGUGUUGGAGGUCGGACGGCGACAGGAUGGUGGCGGAGGAAGGGAAGACGAGGGCUACGGACUUCUCGAUCGCGGCCAUCAUGGCCCGGAGCGCCGCGGAGCCGCGCAGCCCCGUCGCGCGCUCUCCGCCCCACACUGGUUCGGUAUCGAGACAGAGUUCGCCGGCGUCCCUCAGCUCGCCGGCGUCCAGCUGUCGGUCGCCAGUGCCUGAUGAAGACGUGGAGGUGGACGUGGAACAGUGCUCGGACGGUGAACGAGAUGCGUCCGACCACGCCAUACCAUCACCCGCCCCGUCUUCUGAAUUAGGUGAACGAGACACGCCGUCACCAGCGCGACCGUUACCACCGGCCACCUCGUGUAACUGCGAGGAACUGUUGUCAGUAGACUGUCAACUGGAGACUAAGGAACUGUGGGAUAAGUUCCAUGAUCUCGGCACUGAAAUGAUCAUCACCAAGACUGGGAGACGCAUGUUUCCGACGGUGCGUGUAUCGUUUGCGGGGUGUCGCUCGGAGGCGCGGUACGCGGUGCUGCUGGAUGUGGUACCGGUGGACGGGAAGCGGUACCGGUACGCGUACCACCGCUCCUCGUGGCUGGUCGCCGGCAAGGCAGACCCACCAGCCCCUGCGCGCCUCUACCCACACCCUGACUCGCCCUUCUCCGGUGAUCAGCUGAGAAAGCAAGUCGUCUCUUUUGAGAAGGUCAAACUCACCAACAAUGAAAUGGAUAAGAAUGGACAGAUCGUUCUAAACUCCAUGCAUCGGUACCAACCUCGGAUUCAUCUGGUGAAAGUACGAGAAGGUGCCGGGCCCAUCAGCGACUUAUCUAGAGAACAGCAUCGCACCUUUGUAUUUCCGGAAACAGUAUUCACGGCCGUGACGGCAUAUCAGAACCAGCUCAUCACCAAACUAAAGAUAGACUCGAACCCUUUCGCCAAAGGAUUCAGAGACUCAUCAAGACUUACAGACUUUGAUCGCGACCCCAUGGAGCUUAUGCUGAUGGAGCAGCAGUUAUUACGGUCACCGUUGAGGUUGUACGCUGGUGGCGCGAGUACGACCGGUGGCGAUGAAGAAGCUGAGAAGCGAGCGGCGUGGGCUCGGACACCACCAGCGCUGCAACUGCUGGCGCUGGGAGGUCGGACCUGGCCCUCCGCCUGGCCACAGCCACUGGCGAUACCGCCGGAUCUCUGGCUGCAGAAGCCCCCCGCGCCUCUUCGAUACUGUCCCUAUCCACCCCCAACGCAUCCCGCCGCGCAACCGUCGCGCGCCGACCACACAUCGCCGCGACAUCCUCUGUGAGCUGUCAGCAUUCCAAAGUGUAAAUUUGAUUUAUUAACUUUUGCGAAUCAGACAAAAAUGUGCUGUGACGUAGAUCAUGUUCAUAUAAUCCAAAUGGACAAAAAAUAUUACAUAUAAACAAGUAGAUAACUACAUUUGUUACAUGUUUUACUCCACGACAUGCGAGAUCAGUAAAAUGAAAAAGACUUACAAUAUAGUAUUCAAAGUGAAUUUUUAAAUAGUACCUUAUAGAAAAUGUAUGUAUUGUCUAGUUAGAUGUAAGCAGUUACUAUUAGAUUUACUGUAUAACAUAAUUUCAAGGUUCCUACCCGAAAUAAUAAUUUGGAAGUAAUGUAAAUGUAGAUUCAAAGGAAUGUUAAUAAUAGUUACCUGCACAGAUGAUACACUCGUUUAAUUUCAAAUGCAUAGUUUAAAAUAGUAAAUUUUGUGUCGACCCGUAUUAGGGUCAUAACAUUUAGUCUUCAUAUAAAUACUUACUUAUUAACCAAAGAGCAAUAUUUUACUUAAAACUUGUCAAUUUUAUUGUCAAUAUUAUAAUAUAGGUACUAUUAGUAUGUAUAUCAAUAAUAUUUCUAACCAUAAUAAAACAGUUUUAAAAGAAACAUUCCAUCAUUUAAUUUAUUUUACAAUAAAUUUAUAAAAAUAAAUUACAUGUGUAAUAUUAUAAAAAAUAAUGAAAAUUAAUAUCAAUUGAUCUUUAUAUAUCCAAAAUAUGAGGGGUCAAAUUCAUUGGUUGAUAAUUUGAACAGCAUGGUAAUGAUUAGUGAAAAUAUUUUAUCGAUAAAAUAAAUGAUAUAUAUAAAAGUAUACCCAGCCUCCCUAAAAGCUGGGUUAGAACCUCCUCGAGUCGUAAGUUUCUUGCACAUAGUAAACAGUGCACAGUAAUUUCUAAAAUCUGAAUAUGUAUUCCAUACAAAACUAAACUACUUCGCCUACUGAUUCGCUGACAUGCGAUUUUGUAAUUUCUUGCACACAAAAUCUUUUCUCUAUCGACCAAUGAAAGUGCGCCUGUAAUUGCAUAAUAAUAUACCUUAUAAAGAAAUAUAAAGAGAAUAAAAGAAAUUAAAUAAAUAAUGUUCUCAAAUAAUUGUAGAAUAAGUUUAAUAUAUCCAUUGGGACACGAUUUAGUAUAGAUGGUGCAAUACCAUUAUUCCUGUGAAUUCCAAAUCAGUGAUAAAAAGUAAAUAAUUAGAUUAUAAUUUGUAUUUUGUGUGUAUAUUUUUAAUGCUUAAGACUAUUUAUAUUCCAUAUAUAAGUUACUUAUAUAAAUUGUACGUAUUGUAUAGUAUUUGGUUAAAUUAUUUUUGUAGGGUAAGCACUGUAUAUAGAGAGGUCACUUAGAUGUUUGUAUCAAAUAAGAGAUUUGAAGAAGUAUUGUCUUAGUAGAAAAAUAUGAAAGUGCUGCUCACUAUAAACUUAUUUAAUGUAUAUUAU